GCAGCGAGAGCGGCUGAAGACGCAGGGAAAGGCAGAGCGGCGCAGGCACACGCGCUCCCGCGCGCCCCGCGCCCUCGCCCUCGCCGGGCCCGGCCUCCCGCCAGCCCGCCUCGGCCCCCCGACGCGCCGGCCCGCGCCGCGCCGGGCAGCAGCCGGCCUCCAUGCGAGCCGCAGCAGCAGGGCUCACGGGGCCUCUUCUCCCGCCCGCGGUGACAUGGAGCGGCUGAAGUGACCCGAGGAGCCGUCGCAGCGGGCCGUGCCCACCAUGGGCUGCGUGCACUGCAAGGAGAAGGGCUCCGGCAAGGGGCAGCCGGAGAGCGGCGGCCCCCCGCCGGCGCCCGCCUCCCGGUACGAGCCCGACCCCACGCAGCCCGCCGGCGCCUUCACCCGCAUCCCCGACUUCAACAACUUCCACGGCGCCGCGGCGCCCGCCUCCGCGCCGCCGGCGCUCUACCCCUGCGGCACCCUGCACGUGCGGAGCGGCGGCAUCACAGGGGGGGGCGUGACGCUCUUCGUCGCCCUGUACGACUACGAGGCCAGGACGGAGGACGACCUGACUUUCCAGAAAGGGGAGAAAUUUCACAUCAUCAACAACACCGAGGGUGACUGGUGGGAGGCCAGGUCGCUGAGCUCGGGCGCCGCGGGCUACAUCCCCAGCAACUACGUGGCCCCCGUGGACUCCAUCCAGGCAGAAGAGUGGUACUUCGGGAAGAUGGGGCGCAAGGACGCCGAGCGGCAGCUCCUGGGCCACGGCAACGGCCGCGGCACCUUCCUCAUCCGCGAGAGCGAGACCACGAAAGGCGCCUACUCGCUCUCCAUCCGCGACUGGGACGAGGCGAAGGGCGACCACGUGAAGCACUAUAAGAUCCGCAAGCUGGACAACGGCGGCUACUACAUCACCACGCGCGCCCAGUUCGACACCGUGCAGCAGCUGGUGCAGCACUAUAUCGAGCGCGCGGCGGGGCUGUGCUGCCGCCUGGCCGUGCCGUGCCGCAGGGGAACGCCGAGGCUGGCCGACCUCUCGGUCAAAACCAAAGACGUGUGGGAGAUCCCGCGCGAGUCGCUGCAGCUCCUCCGCAAGCUGGGCAACGGGCAGUUCGGGGAAGUGUGGAUGGGCACAUGGAACGGCACCACCAAGGUGGCGGUGAAGACGCUGAAGCCGGGCACCAUGUCGCCCGAGGCCUUUCUGGAGGAGGCUCAGAUCAUGAAGCGGCUGCGGCACGACAAGCUGGUGCAGCUCUACGCCGUGGUGUCGGAGGAGCCCAUCUACAUCGUCACCGAGUUCAUGAGCCACGGUAGCUUGCUGGAUUUCCUAAAGGACGGGGACGGCCGCUACCUGAAGCUGCCCCAGCUGGUGGACAUGGCUGCUCAGAUCGCGGCGGGCAUGGCCUACAUCGAGAGGAUGAACUACAUCCACCGGGACCUCCGCGCCGCCAACAUCCUCGUGGGCGACAACCUGGUCUGCAAGAUCGCCGACUUCGGCCUCGCGCGCCUCAUCGAGGACAACGAGUACACGGCGCGCCAGGGCGCGAAGUUCCCCAUCAAGUGGACGGCGCCGGAGGCCGCGCUCUACGGGAAGUUCACCAUCAAGUCGGACGUCUGGUCCUUCGGCAUCCUCCUGACGGAGCUGGUGACCAAAGGCCGGGUGCCCUACCCAGGGAUGAACAACCGGGAGGUGCUGGAGCAGGUGGAGCGCGGGUACCGCAUGCAGUGCCCGGGCGGCUGCCCGCCCUCGCUGCACGACGCGAUGGUGCAGUGCUGGAAGCGGGAGCCCGAGGAGCGCCCCACCUUCGAGUACCUCCAGUCCUUCCUCGAGGACUACUUCACCGCCACCGAGCCCCAGUACCAGCCGGGCGACAACCAGUGACCCCGGCGCGCCGCCCCGCCGGGGGCCGAGCGCCCCCCGGGGCCACGCUUCGGGGGUCACUUCUGGACCCUUUCCUGGGGGGGGGGGUUGUUACUCCCUUUGCCCCCUGCAGCUGCCCUUUGGGACUGCAGAGGUGGGGGGCACCCCGGGGAGCACGAGGGGCUUUGCCCCAGCGCUGCGGGCUCGCAGAGGGGGCAGAGCCGUGCCCCCCGCCCCGGCCGGGCACAGCCCCUCUCUCGUUGCCUUUGCACCCAGCUUUUAACCGGAGAAGUGGCUUUGGGCCGGCGGCCCCCCACUGCGGCGCAGACCCGUGCUCGCCCCCACCUUGCUCAGGGUUAGGGUUGCCCAGGGCCCCCCCACCCCCUCCCCGCCAGGACGAUGGCACCCGAGGGGGAACUGAGCUGGGGUGGGUGCCCUGGGGACUGCAGUGCCAUGGGGGGCCGGUGCCCUUGCAGGUGCCCCUCUGUGCCCGGGGACGGGGAGGCAGCCGGGGGUGAGGGCUUUGGGGAAGGGUCACCCACCCCAAGGUUCCCCCCCCAAGCAUCCUCAGGGCGCCUUAAGUAGCAUUAGCACAACUUGGGGGGGCAAUAUCGCGAUAGCCCCCUGCAAACACCCCUUGCCCCAUUGCAGCACAGGCCCCGGGGGGCACCCAAGGGUGCCCCCUCCCCAUGCCAGCCCCCAAGCUCCUCUCCCCCAGCUCAGCUCUGUGCCACUGGGGGAACGGGAUUCAACCCCCCCAAAUUCUGGAACUGAUCCGGGGAAGCUCCCCCCAAUAUAACUCAAAAUAACCCCUCUCA